AUGCGCAAGUAUAUUGAGACUAAGAGGGCGAGAUCACUGUCACGCUCCUCCUCGGCCUCAUCUUCGCGCUCCGGCUCGGUUGUCUCACUGUCUGCGCUCGACACCGCAUCCAAUCUGAGUCCACCGACGAGUGUGGCUGCUUCUGAUGCAGGCGACGGCCCCGGCAAAGGCGUGCAAUUAGGGCCCUUUGAAGAGCGUCAGUUCGUUUACGAUGUCAAGACUGAUCAGGCCGAGUACUUUACGCCUGGCUUGGCUCGGCUCGAGAUUGCCGACACGGACGCUCGAGUGGGCCACAAUGGCGCUAUGCCCAGUCCGAACCUGGCCAGGGGUAUUCCAAUGAGUCGUGACGCCAUGCCAGUGUCGCCCUUUCGAGAUGUUACUCCGCACAAGUCUCGUUCGGUUUCACCUGCUUCAUCCAUCUCUUCGGCGCCCUCGCCAAGAUUGAGACCAUCGAGUACUUGGAUGGAUCCAGACUACGUCGGAACAUAUAUCCUGAAAUGGCGCAGCCAGUCGACGCAGUCCAUCUUGAUAAAGACGCCAGAGAAUGAGCUGGACGAUCCGCCGUCACCAUCAGGCACCAUUUCUGCCAAGGCUUCGCAUGACGCACUCAAGGCGAGUGCUGUCAGUGCAGAUGCUUUACAUCAUCAACUGUCGCAAUCAAUCAGCAUAAAGCCCGAGCCGAGCGUACACUCAUCGGAGCACACAGACGAUCUGCACCCGGAUCCGAGCAUCGACCAGCAUGAUCUAGACGAUGGGUUGCCUGACGAGCUCGCGAUGACCUAUCACAGAAAAGCGGGAAGCGUUGCCAGCGAUCUCACUGCACAACGAUUGGCAAGAGCCAAGACGAACAGACCCAUUCCCGCACUUGAGCUGCUCAUGCCUUCGGAUGUCAUUCUGGGUCGUGAUCCAUCUUUGCGAUCGAUCGAAACCGAUGAUGACGAGGACGAUCAGAAUGACAGCUCGGAUGCAGAAUCAGAUUCGACCACCUCGUCCGUACCUUCUUCGUUCAGCUCGUCUACAUCGUCAGACGAGAAUCUCUAUGCCACAGCGCAAACAGCACGUUUGACUCCUGCUGCGCUCGAGGCAGCCAUGUACCGCUCUUCCCUGCCUGCGAGCGCCCUUGACCCGCACUCAGAUUACUUGCCUACCUCACCGGGCAGUGAUGGACAUAGCUCGGUCGACAGCGAGCCCGCGGUAGUCAACUCGCUAGGGCUUGUCGCGCAAGUCACCUCAAAGCCAGCGCCAGUCGCGCCUCUUGCUCCUCCGCAUGCUAUACCCCUCAGCGCGCUUAGUCCUCCCGGCCAAGCGUCAGCGCCACUACCAAAAGCUACUUCCAUCGCUUUUGCCCCCCUGCCAAUGCUACCGCCGCGAACACAGCCUCGGAAAUCCACACUGCCGAUCGGUCUAGCUGCGAGAGGCCGAGUACUUCGAGAGCAGCUGCAGAAGCAGAAGGAGCAAAGAGAAGCUGCGCUCAAUUCCAAGCUCAGCUAUAUGGACCAUUUCGGAUCUACCGCUCAGAGCAGCACAUUGAGGAGGCGACCGGAUUUUGAUCGGGGCGAUAUGAGAUCACGACCUAGUCGUCGCGCUGCUGGCUCAUCUCGCCCAUCGACGCAAAGCCAUCGGCGUAACAAUCGACAACGAGCUCAUAAGCCGGCAAUCCGUUUGAGACCCUCUCACCGUACGCAACGUCGCUCGUCCGCUCUACAGACAGAUUCCGACUCCGACUCGGAUAGCAGCUACAUGUCUGUCGACUCUGAGGAAGAUCUGGACGAAAGGCGAGCCGACAGUCCGAACGCAUACGUCCAUGAUGCACAAGCUUGCAUUUGGCAAGACCGUCCACGCGCAGAAGAAUUCGAUGCGCAUGACGAGGCAUGCUUUGACGGGCUUGUCGAGCACAUUGAAAGCUCCGAGUCGCCGCAAGGUUUCAACAUCGAGCUCAUAGAUCAAGCUCUCUUGGAACUCGACACACAUAAAAGCGGCUUAGACGUUCUCAUGGAGGACGCAGGCGAGACAGACGAGUCCAUGUCACAGACAUCUAGUCAAGACGAUGACGAGGAAGAGGAUACGGUCGAAACACCGCGUGCAACACCAGGCUCGCAGACGCCUGCCAUGUCAUACGCUGCGCUCUUGUCACCGCCGCCGGCAGCACGACCCAUUCGUCAGCCGCAUCGCAUCUCGCAAGCCAUCGUCAAGCUACGGCCGAGCGAGCGUAAUGUCAACUUGCAUUACGGAUUGUAG